CUUCUGCUCAGAGUCAAAGAGGUCGUAGUCGCUUCAACAUCUCUCCAAACAUGCGUGUAUAUUUGUUGUUAACGCUGACCCUUACUUACACUCUUUUAUCUGGUGCUGUCGCUUCAAAGCCAGAGGUAAGUAUUUUAUUCCGUUGUUGUCGUAUACAGUGUUGUAUAUAAAGGUUCGUGCUAUAUUAAGCAUAUUAGACCAUUUAUCUUGACAGCAGGCCUGUUUUUACAAAAAGUGUCUCGUCUUUAUGGUCUCGCGUGGCCUUAUGCAUGUGCAAAAAGCUGGUAUUUAAUAUUAAUACAAAUAAUAAUUUCUGAUAAACCACAUUGCAAUGCAGUAUAAAAACUGAAUUUCACGGUUAAAAUGGAAGAACACCACCUAAACCUCUACUUAAUAGUCUCAAUAGUUUUAUUUUACUGUUAGAAAGUUUUGAAAUUGCAGUCGCUCAUGCAGUGUUUGUUUUUUCCGCACGUAUAAUUCAAAUAUACUGAAAAUAUGCAAACUUCGCAAGGCUAUAUUUUCUGUAUUUUACAACAUUUCGCAACCAAAUUUUGCAAUUUUACUAAUUUCAUUAUGUUCUUUUUAACUGUUGUGUUUGAUUCCCUUCUCUUUUAAUACUUAGAUUAAAAUUUAGUCUAACAUGCAAGUUGUCCAUUGAAGACAUAUUUAUGCGAAAUUAAGUUACAUUACAAACUAAUUUGGUUUGUUGGAAGAAACCGGAUAGACUAUUGAAAAGUUAUAGAGUAAAGUGAUAUCUAAUUUAGUAUAUCACUGUACGCCCUCACAUUGCUUUCUUUUUUACUAGAGUGCUGAAACUGGUAAUGAAGGACCUUUAGGUAUGCAAAUAUCCGCCUUAUUAUAUAGAUAUGCCAUGCAGGAGGUGUUUAUAUCAGCAUGAUCGAACUCCACCUUUGAAUUUACGGACCGUUCAUUAUUUAUACUCGGGCAACGUACCGAAGAGAUAUGGGUUGGGCAAUCAAGUUUUUGACUACCUCAUGGGUUGGGUAAAAAAAUUUAUGGCUGUCUGUCCAUAAGGUCCAUAAAAUAAAACCAAAAUUACCAUGCAUUGGAAAAUAUGAAGAAAAAUGUGUACAAUACAUCCUGUACCAAAAUAGACCAUCUGUGAUUGAGGAAGGACUCUAUCAUUGAUCAGCAGGAACGUGAUUGCUUUGACACACUCAGUGAGUUUGAAUGUGAGUGAGCUUUGAGAAUUUAGGCAACUUGAUUUCUGUCACCAUAAUCUUGUGUGUUUACUUAUUAUGAAGUAUACAGUAUCACAUAGGUUGGGUAAACAUUUAUAUUUUGACCAAUGUUGAGGUUGGGUAAAUAAAAAAUUUACAGUGUUUUUCGCUUCCCUUCGGUACCAACCCAAGGUCCAAAUAAUGAACGGUCCCUUACUGUACGAGUAAAUUGUUAAACCCGUCCGAAUUUAUCAAUAUGAUAAAUUCGCAGCACCUAACCCUAACCCCUUAACCCUAACUCCAACCCUAAUCCCUAACCUUAAUAUUUAACAAUUAUUCGCCGAAGGCGAGGUGAUUAUCGGUGAAUAAAAACCGAGACGAAGUCGAGGUUUUUAUUCACGACAAUCACCGAGCCUGAGGUGAAUAAUUGUUUUAGUAUAUAAUUUCAUAGGUGGUUAUUUGGGAAAAAAAUUUUAAAUGCACAUUUCUUCGUCAUUUAAUUGACAAAACAGCUUCGGCCGUCAUUUUGAAAAUCGCUUAGGUGAUUAUCGCGUAAUAAUCACCUCAACGGCAAGUCGGCAACCAAUCAGCGUGGAGAAUUUUCAAUAAUCACCUAUGUAAUUAUACUAAAACUUGUUAAACAUUUUUUGCAAAUAUAAAUGAGAGCCAUGCCAUCCUCGGCAAACAAUUUCUUGCCGAUUAUUGAUAGAUGACCGGCUAUUAUUUCAAGCCGUCCCUGGUAAGCGACCGGCUGCGGCAAUCAUUCGUAUUUAUAACGUUAUAUUUCUUUCGUUAUUUAGUUUGUUGCUUCGAGCAUUGGUGACGGGUGGUGUGACCACGCUUGCAACAAAGCUGCACACAAAUUCGACGGAGGCGACUGUUGUAAACACUCGUGCAAGUCAACCAUAUAUUCAUGUGAUUCUGGUGGCUACGACUGUAAGGCAAACAAGGUUCCAGUCUGGUUCUUGGCCCACACCAAACUCUGUUACCAGUGGUACCCGGACGGCGAUGGAGGUCAGUGUGGUGCGGGCGAACCCAGACAUCUUUGCGCGAACGUCAACGCGGCCACCCGAUAUUACCGAGACGACACGGACAACAGAGGAGGCGGUUGUCGCAUGAGCUGGUCCAUCCAAUCACCUUACAGCCCACAGUGGUUCAAGAACGUGCAAAUAUGCUACCGAUGGUACCCGGAUGGUAACGGCGGUCAGUGUGGCGGUGGGGCGGCACGCUUGCUGUGUGCCCCGGUGGGUAAAUACACGCCGGUCUACCGGGACGAUACCGAUAACCGCGGCGGUGGGUGUAGAAUGUCUUGGCAGCUCAAACUACCACCUGUGCAUAAUUGGUGGGCGAGGAAUAUCCAGUUGUGUUACGAAUGGUAUCCAGAUGGUGAUGGUGGACAGUGUGGCGGUGGUGCUGCUCGCAAGCUUUGUGCCAAAGCGAACAACUGGACUCCUUACUACAGAGAUGAUACCGACAACAGAGGCGGCGGAUGUCGCAUGAGAUGGGGCCUUUAUUACAAGUGAAAAAAAAAUUAUACUGACUUGUAUUACUAUAGUGUUUAGUCUUUCUAAGAUUUUGAUGUUGCUGUAGGGUAGUUCUGCUGGCGUAAUCCUGCCAUAAUUUUGCAUAAUCUUUUCUAAUUUCCUUAUUUUUAAGUAUGCAUACAACAACAUGAUAUAGCACUUGUAGUCUUUGUUAAUUUUGUAUUGUGUGAGAUUUUUUACGGUACGUCUAUGAGGCGCUCAAAACUAAUAUACGAUUUGCAUGCCGUUAAGGUUACAGAACACCUUUGCGUGUUAAUUUUGCCUAUAUUUUUUUUUAUUGGUUUUCCAUGAAAGCAUUAGACUAGUUCUACUAUCUGACCAAGUUUGAACGAAAAAUGUUGAAAACUCGCAGAGUUAAUUAAUAAAAUACAUUUCGCUGCAAUAAGAAAAACAUUGAAAAUGUAAUAUUCAAAUUCAAUUUUCUCCCGAAAAAUUUUACGGUAAUUACUGAUUUUCAAACGAGUUGUGCUCCUGCGAGUUUUAACCAAUUUUUCUCAAAUUUUCACAGGACAUAGCUAAAGACGUCAGUUUCAAAAUUGUGUUCGGCUUUGUUCUAAUUUUGGAUAUUUUAAUAAUAAAGAGCAAUUCACUCAAACAAUUCAGAAAUAUAUUGCAGUCGUCAAAGAAAUCGCCAUAUCAGCGGAAUGACGUAAUAAACAAAAAUUUCCGAACACAAUUUUUUACAACAACUAUUUUACUGUAUAAAAAUGAUAUUUUCAUAAAUAUAACUUAAAACCAGCAGGAGCACAACUCAAAAGCGUAAAGGUACCGCGACUUAAGGUUUUCCUGAAUAAUUCUUACAUUAUUUUAUUGUUUGUUAAUUUUACAACUUUAUCAUAUUUUGCAUGCACUGGAGAACAUUUGGUGAAAAUUUGAUGAAAAUCGGACUGAUAUUGAGCGCGCAGUAGCGAUUUUCCGCAAAACGCCAAAAAGGGUGUCCUGUAACCUUAAAAACCGACGAAGCAUCAUUGAUAGGGACAUGCUCAAAGAAAAGAAAGAGAUCGUGUUCCGAAGAAAAAUAAAGCCAGUUUCAAUCUGGAUGUAGUACCUUAUUCAAAGGAAAGGAAGACUCGUAUACGAGAAACUCUUUGUCUUUGGAAAACUUACAUGUGAUAAAAAUCUUAAACUUUCUCUAUUACUUGGAAGCAAAAAACUAACCUUAUAGCAACCAACGCACGUAUGAACUAUCAAUUACGUAGACCAAUCAUUAAAUUUAAAAGACUUUCUAUACUAUCCAUGCUAUACCGCAUUGCAUGACGGUACCAGUGAAUUUUAACCGUGGUGCAGCGCGGUCAGGCAUAAGCCAAAUAGGCAAUGUGAUCAUGUUUCAUCUUUGGUCUUCUUUUAUGGAAAGCCAUAGCUGGCUUAAAGU